AUAAACACGAUUGCUUCCCAGGAGUCACUGCACCUUUAUCCAAAGCAGUCAGCGAUUUGUCUCUAUUGAAUACUAUUUGAACUGCUUCGAAUGGGAGUAUAGAUUGUGUUGAGUCGGUUCUAUUUGGACGGUUUCUCCCGAAUUUUUUUAAGCUAUGCUAGAUCACUUCUGUUUCUCGCUGCAGUUAGGAAUCUGCUUUCUCUUUACACAUUUUCGUUAGCAUUUUUGGAGAUUUUUGGACAUUUUAUUGUGAAGGUUGGCCUACAUUUUUUUGUUGUAUGGUUAGGUUGCUAAGUGUCCUUAAGGAAGGGUGUGUGAAGUUUUACUAGUUUGAGAAUAUUCGUCGCGGCAGUGUUGUGCGUCUAGCUUCGACCGCGAUUUGUUUCCUUUUAUCUGCCUAUCUUCUCCGUGCUAGCUAUGACAGCGGCAAUGCCAGUAGCGCCAAUCUCUGCAGCGCCGCGGCCACCUGCUGCAGCUUCUACGCAUUCUGCUCCUUCUAAUGCGACUCCUGCUCCUCCUAAAGAUGUCCGUCAAGAAAUCCAGAAGGAGAUAGCUAAUUUGGAGACUGGGCUUAAAACGACCUUUUGGUGUAGCAGGAUCACCUGGUGAUGGCCAAAGCUGCAGCAUCGAUUGUUAUGCUGGCUACCUUGCCUGAUGCAGUACCUUCACUUGAAGCGGCUAUACCACACUUAGUUCCGCUUUUACAGGACAUAUCUCUUUCUGUUCACGUGCAGAGGAAUGCAUGUGCAGCGUUGACCUCCAUCAUGACUGCCGAUCCCUCUCUUUAUCUGGCAGCUGCGAAGACGCCGAUGCUGGGUGAGGGAUUAGUGCAGUGCCUAAAAGGAGAUGGUGAAAGCCCUUUUGAUGAAGGUCUUCAACUUAAUGCAGCAGCAGGCAUAAGCGUACUAGCGCAGAGUGUGGAAGGCUUAUUGGUUUUGCAAGAAGCUGACGCUGAGAAUGCUAUCAUCUCCAGUUUGUGUAGUGCCAGUGAUGCCAAUGUGAAAGAGGAAAUUGUAGAUGCACUCUGUGCUUUGUCUUCUCAUCCUGACAUACGUAACAGUCUGUUUCUCAAGGGGGCAGUUGAACAGUUAGCAAAGGUCAUCCAGGGAGCUUCAGCUGAGAUCUGCGUGCGUGGAUUACUAGGUCUUGGCAUGUUAUGUGGAUCCAGUUCUGAAGCACAAGUGCAGCUCGCAUCCGUAGAAGGAACUGUCGACACGCUGAUGGCUCUCAUGAAAUCAAGUGAUCAUGAUAUCAAGAGUAUUUCACGAGAUCUAUUUAGAGUUUUAAUGCAGAACCAGGAGGUUAAGCCUAUACUGGAGCAUCAAUUACGCAAUUCGACUCUUCAGUGAUUAGAGAUCUGUUGACGCAGGCUCGAGUCAUGCAAGCGGAUAUUCUGGGUGUUUUCCUGCUUGGGUUAGUCAUAUUAAUAGAGAUUUGUGCAGUAGAAAAGAAUUUGGAAGCGUGGAUGCUAUGAAAUGUCCAUGUUGAUCCCGUGGUAGUAGACUUGUUAGAUAAUCAAAACACUUGUACCAUAUUCGGUAUCAAGGUAUUUUUGCCACGUUGUAUUACGGGAUAUUGCAAUCUGAGAAGGAUGCAUCUGGCAGUUUACAUCCUUUCUUCUAGA